AUGCGGGUUGUGGAAUCUCGGCCAGGCGGGGUUGAGGUGGUGUGGAUCAAAGGUCACAGCAACAUCCACGGAAACGAACUUGCGGAUCAGGCGGCGAAGGUGGCAGCACAGAGUGGUUCAGUGCCCUGGAUGGUGGAUCUCACUCAACAGACGGAUAUCACGACCUUUGCACAUUGUUACGGCGGGAUUGUUGAAAUCGAUCUACGUCAGCUCCUCAAACAACAAUCGACAAUCCGUCACCAUCAGGCCUGGACGUCACAGAGGCGGGUCAAGAGGGCGAUCCCUGACAUCGAUGACGUGGAAUGGAACUCGACCUUGGCAUAUGUCCACGACAGGCACGCAGUCUUCACCUUUUACAGCAACAGCAAGGACUCUCACCAACGCACACAUCAUAUCAAAAAGCUGCAUGGAAUGCUGCCCACUCUGAACUCCAUGCAGGCUCGCAAGCCCAACCUGUACCCAACAUGCGUGUGUCGACGAUGCGAGCUCGAGAAGGAGGAUAACGAUCACGUCUGGAAAUGCCCUUCGGCAGCUGAGACCACCACUGAGAUCUGGAAGGAGGCCAUGGGCAAGAUUAAUGAGUGGGGUGUGCAGGCGACAAACAGCUACAACGCAGCCAGGAAGCGAGAAUACAAACGCGCGGUGGACAGAGGUCGUCAGGUACCGAGGCCAGUACCCAUACACUGGUGGCCCCCUUCGGAUGCGGAUCAUGUGCGAGGAUUUUCCUCCAUCGGUGGAGCUCGAGCCGUGCACAGCGGUAGUCAAGCUCCCGAUCGAGACGAGAAACCGAUGUGGAAUGUGUCGGAUCUCCUCCGCGGCAUCACCCCCUUGAGCAUGUUGACUGAAUGGUCCGCGGUCUUCCGGACCCCAAUGUCCAUCGCCAAGACAGUCCUUCACAAGUUUGUUGGCUACCUGGAGGCGCAGGCCUCGGAGCUGAUCUGGAAACCUCGGUGCUCCGAGACGAUCGCGUGGGAACAAAGCCAGGGCAUCUCUGCCAAGGACAAGACAUCCAAGUACACAGGCCCCCGAGGUGACUGGAGUCAAGGAUACGGUUACAUCACGCACGAUGGUUUCUGUCCGUGUGGCGCUUCGCUAGCCACACAUUGUGAAGGAAGGUGCCCUGGGGCGACCAAGGACCCACGCGCUGCUGACGAGCGUUUGUUGGAGAGUUUGUUAGGAAGGAGGAGGUUGUCAAUGAUGGAGAGGAUGGGAAGAAUCCCCUUCAUUCGUAUCUAG